AUGCCCGUCCACUAUAACACCCACACAAGAGAGCCCUACUUACGCUUGCCGACACCCUUAUCCAACAUAAUCAUCACCCCCCACCGACUGAGCCAGCUAGAAGAAACAGUCGCCGCACAAGUCCGGUUCUUCAAUGAUCCCAUAGUCUACCUUAAUCUCGAGGGUACUCCCUACCCCUAUCUCCCCGAACACGGAGAGGAAUGGGUGAAGAUGAAAUGCGAGGCCGGAGAGCCGGUCCUCAGCGCCGUGCGUGCGGAAUUCGAGAAUCCGAAUACCGAAAAACAGUUCUUUGAUUCUUGCCCCCUCACUGUCAUCCGCGAAGUCACGGAGCAGGACCCCGAGACGGGACAUCCGCUGAAGGAUAUCAUGAUUGGCGAUAUUGGCCUGGCUCGGUAUUCCUUCUAUGAAGAUGGCUAUGGCACUGAGAAGAGGGCGGAGGCGCAGCGUCUGAACAAUGAGUUGGCUGCUGGCGAUGAGAGGAUUGUUUGGGGAGUAGGAGAUUACCUUUCUCCGUCUCACCACGGGAGGGGAAUCAUGACUCUUGCCAUGAGAACGGUGCUCCAGGACUGGGGUGUGCCACGCAUGAAUAUCCACAUCCUCAGGAGUUGUGCUUUUGUGGAGAAUAAAGGUAGUCUCAGAGUCUUCGAGAAGAAUAACUUCGAGGUGGUCUGCACUUUGAAGGAUUGGGCGCCUGUUUCUGAGAGCAGAGGUGGCGGGACCAAGUCGCUUGUGAUUGUCAACUGGAAGGGCCUGUAA